CGGCGCCCGGCCGCUACACUUGCCCUUCAACUCGCUUACGAUCCACGUAAACAAUGCGCUGAAAUGUCCCAACUAUAAGAAGAUUUCCGUAUUGCAUGUUUAUUUACUUUUGAUAUUUUAGUGAAGAAAUUGAUAGUUUUAUAGUAGCCGGUAGAUUUUCCGAGACUAUAAAAGACAAUUUUAGACGUAGUGACUUAUCAGUAUUUAAGGAACGAUGCAGUGUUUUCCAAAGUUGUCUCCUAAACGCGAGCCGAUGGACGUAAUUUACGAAUCGGAGAUGCUUCCUGGCGCUAGGAGGCUGGAGCUGCCGGCUCCGCCAGGCAAGGAGUUCCGCGCGCCCGUGCUGCUGGCGGCGCCCAGCAUGGCUCCCACACACUCGGUGAUCCAGUGCAUGCGCCCGCCACCGCCACCACCCCCGCCGCCACCACCGCGUCUCCACAAGCCUCCGUCCUUCGAAGAACCCUCAAGUUCCAUUCCAGAUUUAGAGUUUGACGGUACGACGGUGCUGUGCCGCGUAUGCGGUGAUAAAGCUAGUGGAUUUCAUUAUGGCGUUCAUUCCUGUGAAGGUUGCAAGGGCUUCUUCAGGCGGUCCAUCCAACAGAAGAUUCAAUACAGACCCUGUACAAAAAAUCAACAGUGCUCCAUACUUAGGAUCAACAGAAAUCGGUGUCAAUAUUGCCGAUUGAAAAAAUGCAUCGCAGUUGGCAUGAGCAGAGAUGCCGUGCGGUUCGGACGUGUUCCCAAACGGGAGAAAGCACGCAUCCUUGCGGCGAUGCAACAGUCGUCGACGUCGCGAGCAAACGAGCAGGCAGCGGCUGCAGAGCUAGAUGAUGCCCCUCGAUUACUAGCGCGCGUGGUGCGUGCUCACCUAGACACCUGCGAGUUCACGCGAGAACGCGUUGCCGCAAUGCGUGCACGCGCUCGCGAUUGUCCCAACUACUCGCUACCCACUAUGGCCUGCCCGUUAAAUCCGGCACCAGAGCUACAGUCUGAGAAGGAAUUCUCUCAGAGAUUUGCACACGUAAUUCGUGGUGUAAUAGACUUCGCUGGAUUAAUUCCCGGUUUCCAGCUGCUCACCCAAGACGACAAGUUUACGCUGCUCAAAAGUGGACUUUUUGAUGCGUUAUUUGUGCGGCUUAUCUGUAUGUUCGAUGCGCCACUUGAUAGUAUAAUUUGUCUAAAUGGUCAAGUCAUGAAACGGGACAGUAUUCAAAAUGGCGCCAAUGCACGGUUCCUUGUGGAUUCAACUUUCAAAUUUGCCGAGCGCAUGAACUCAAUGAACUUAACUGACGCAGAAAUCGGCCUCUUCUGUGCUAUAGUGCUUAUCACUCCGGACAGGCCCGGACUACGUAACGUAGAACUUGUGGAAAGGAUGCAUGCUAGACUCAAGGCAUGCCUGCAAACGGUGAUCGCCCAAAGCAGACCAGACCGACCUGGCUUCCUUAGAGAAUUAAUGGACACCCUUCCUGAUCUCCGCACUCUUAGCACACUACACACGGAAAAACUAGUAGUAUUCCGAACUGAACACAAGGAAUUACUGCGGCAACAGAUGUUGACUGAUGAAGAAGGUGUGAUGUCUUGGGGUGACCCCGUUGCCGAUGAGUCGGCUCGCAGCCCCAUCGGUUCAGUGUCAAGCAGUGAGUCCGGUGAAGCCAUCGGCGACUGCGGUACGCCUCUGCUGGCCGCCACAUUGGCUGGCCGCAGGCGACUUGACUCCCGAGGAUCCGUAGACGAGGAGGCACUCGGCGUGGCACAUCUUGCUCACAACGGUCUUACUGUAACGGCAGUUCGCCCGCCACCUCGCUACCGCAAAUUAGAUUCACCAACUGAUUCUGGUAUUGAAUCAGGAAAUGAAAAGCAUGAAAGGAUAGUUGGCCCUGGAUCCGGCUGCUCAAGCCCGAGAUCUUCACUAGAGGAACACUCAGAUGACAGGCGGCCACCUCCAUCUGCCGACGACAUGCCUGUGCUCAAACGCGUGUUGGAAGCUCCACCGCUGUACCAUACGACAUCGCUAAUGGACGAGGCGUACAAGCCGCACAAGAAAUUCCGUGCGAUGCGUCGUGACACAGGAGAGGCUGAAGCCCGCGUAGUACGGCCAGCGCCAUCUGCGCAGCCACCACAGCACCCGCACCCUGCCAGCCCAGCGCACCCUGCGCACUCGCCUCGCCCGCUGCGAGCCUCGCUGUCCUCCACGCACUCCGUGCUGGCCAAGAGCCUGAUGGAGGGGCCACGCAUGACCCCCGAGCAGCUGAAACGCACCGACAUCAUCCAACAGUACAUGCGGCGCGGUGAGGCCGUCGCGGAAAGCUGCCCAAUGCGCACCGGUGGCCUGCUAACAUGCUACCGCGGCGCGUCGCCAGCGCCUCAGCCUGUGAUGUCUCUACAAGUUGAUGUAUCGGACGCUGAUGCGCCCCUGAACCUGUCCAAGAAGUCGCCCUCGCCGCCGCGCUCUUUCAUGCCGCAGAUGUUGGAGGCGUGAGACCGGCCCGCGGAGCCAAUUGUCUCCGCCACCCCACCCCGACCUACUUUAAAUUAAAUAAUCUAGUUAAUAGUAAUCGUUCGCAGAUCGUUUUAAUAUAUUAUAUGUGAUAAUUUGAUUAGGAAGCGUGAGUGCGUGGCCGGCGCCGGUCGAGGAGAGGACACGCAAUAGACUGACAAAUAAUUUAAGACUAUAUAAGUGUAAUUUAUAAAUGCAAUGCAGCGCCGGUCGCGGUGUGUUUGUUGUGUGUAAUGUAUGUGCGUAUGUGAGCGUGCUCAGUCAUUUGUUUGUUAAUAUAAUGACAGGUUGUCGAACUAAAAUAAAAGAAUCUUGUAAAAAUUA